CGAAGAAGAAGAAGGAGGAGACGGAAACGGAACUGGGUUGUUGACGAAAUCGUACUUGGUUUAGCAGAGGUGUUCUCCAUUUUCUAAUACAUAAUACCGGAUCCCCCUUCCCCCGUGAGAUUAAUUGGCUUCAGUCAUGCCACAGUUCAGCCGUUCGGCCUCUCGGAGUCCCCGGCACGUUCGAACCCGCUCUCGCUCCCGCAGCCGGGAGAGGAGCAUAUCUCCUGGCAGUUUCGGGCCCAAACUACCGAGGCCUCGCGACAGGGAGCGUGAGCGACAGGAACGGGAGCACCGACUUAGGGAGGCGAAGACUAUUAAGCGGUUCCGAAUCGGAAGCCCCGACCGUAGUCGAUCCCGAGAACGGUACUCCAGCGGCGGCCAAAGUCACAACCGCUGGUCCGAGCAGAGAGACGCUUCGUGGCGGUAUGGCUCCAGAGACGAUUUUUACCACGACCAACAGAGAGACGAUGCACAAAGACAGAGACAAGAAGAAUUCAUGGCAAGGCGGCUGAAGGAGCGAGAGAGGAUCGGCGAGCAAGGUUGUCCCGAAGUUUGGGGAUAUUCGCCGAGGGUGAAAGAAGAAGACUCUGAUGAAUUCACACCUGUUGAAGAUGACGGGAAUAAUGUCAGCUCGGCAUCAAACUCGGGAGAUGAAAAGAGGAAGAAGAAAAAGUCCAAGAAGAAAAAGCAUAAGAAGCAGUCAGACAGCGGUAUGGAGUCCGACUCGGAUGAGGACGGAGUAAAGAAAAAGAAGAAUAAGAAAAAGAAGAGCAAGAAGUCCAAGAAGUCCAAGAAAAAGAAGGCGAGAAAAAGCCGAAAGUCGUCGAGUGACUCCAGCAGCAGUGAGUCUGAGGAAGAGGACGAAGACGCUGGCGAGGUGAUGUGGGUUGAGAAAGGCUCCGCUGAAGAUAAUCUGGUGGGACCUGAAGCGCCGCUCACACUCCUGUCUCAGGAUGAGAGACCUUUAGAUUUCGGUCAUGCGCUGCUGCCAGGUGAAGGUGCGGCCAUGGCGGAAUACGUCAAAGCCGGAAAACGUAUUCCAAGGAGAGGAGAAAUUGGCCUGACAAGCAACGAGAUUGCAGACUUUGAAAAAUCAGGCUACGUCAUGAGUGGCAGCAGACAUCGCCGCAUGGAGGCUGUGCGUCUGCGAAAGGAAAACCAGAUCUACAGCGCGGACGAGAAAAGAGCGCUGGCCUCUUUCAAUCAGGAGGAAAGACGGAAAAGGGAGAGCAAGAUCCUGUCCAGCUUCAAAGAGAUGGUCCACAGGAAGACCAAAGGGAAAGAGGAAAAGCCAUGAUUCAAACAGCUCCACUUCGAGCGCGUUUGAAUGCGAUUAUGUAAAUACCACAAUUCUUUGCAAGAUACAUCAAUUUGUUUUCGUUUGCUAUUUUUCAAGUUGCAAAUCAAUUAGUAAAAUGACUUUUGCAACUAAUAAUACUGAUAUGCUGGAUUUUUAUUGUUCAUCGUACCCUCAAUGCAGCUGAUCAAUUAGUAACUCAUCAUCAGGGAUGAGAAUGGCAAAUGUGAAAAAGCACAGGACGAGCGUCUUGACCUGAAUUAAUUAAUUACGAACUUACUCCAACCCUAACCUUAGGCCCAGCCCUAGCCCCAGCCCUAACGCAAGCCCUAACCCUAGCCCCAACCUUAGACCUAACCCUAGCCCCUUGCACUAGCUCUAACCCUUACCCUAGCCCCAGCCCUAACCCCAGACCUAACUGUAACCCUAACUCCAAACCUAGCCUUUGUAUGUAAUUUACAUUUGUAUGUAAAGACUGAUGUAAUUGGGAGAGAAUCGCCAAUUUCUUUAAAUAUUUUUCCAAAUAAAUUCUUACUCAUUUUU